GUCCCCGCGGCGGCGCAGGGCGGUGACGCACUUCCCGCAGUGGCGGCGGCGGUCCUCCCGCGGACGUCACUUCCGGGCGGCGAGGCGCGGCGGCCGCCAUCUUGGGCGGCAGCCGUAGUAGGAGUCUCAGCAGCAGGAGCAGCAGCCUCAGCAGCCGCGCUGGCGGGCCCGCCUCCGCCGCCUCCUCCCCGCCGCCAGCAGCCGCCAUGGCCGGGCAGUUCGACGCGGAGGACCAGGCCAGCUGGUACUGGGGGCGGCUGAGCCGGGCUGAGGCGGUGGGGCUGCUGCAGGGGCAGCGCCACGGCACCUUCCUGGUGCGCGACUCCGGCACCAUCCCCGGCGACUUCGUGCUCUCCGUCUCCGAGAGCUCACGCGUCUCCCACUACAUCGUCAACAGCGGAGCCGCCGCCGCCGCCGCCGCCGCAGCAGGAGGGGCGGCCCCCCCGGGGUUGAACCCUUCUAGGUUCCGAAUCGGCGACCAGGAAUUCGACUCGCUGCCGGCUUUACUGGAGUUCUACAAAAUACACUACUUGGACACUACCACCUUGAUCGAGCCCGUCUCCAAAUCCCGGCACAACAGCGACGUGCCCCUGAGGCAAGAGGAAGCCGAGUACGUGCGCGCGCUCUUUGACUUUAACGGCAACGACGACGAGGAUCUUCCCUUUAGAAAAGGAGACGUCUUGAGAAUCUGGGAGAAGCCGGAAGAGCAGUGGUGGAACGCAGAAGACAGCGCAGGCAAGCGCGGCAUGAUCCCCGUCCCGUACGUGGAGAAAUUUAGACCCGCCUCUGCGUCCGUGUCGGCUCCGAUUGGAGGUAACCAGGAUCCUUCCCUCCCACAGCCGCUGGGGGGGCCGGAGCCGGGCCCCUAUGCCCAGCCCAGCAUCAACACUCCGCUGCCCAACCUCCAGAAUGGCCCCAUUUUGGCCCGGGUUAUCCAGAAGCGGGUCCCCAAUGCCUACGACAAGACAGCCCUGGCUUUGGAGGUCGGUGAGCUGGUGACAGUCACCAAGAUUAACAUGAGCGGCCAAUGGGAAGGCGAGUGCGGCGGCAGGCGGGGCCACUUCCCCUUCACGCACGUCCGGCUGCUCGACCAACAGAAUCCGGAGGAGGACUUCAGCUGAGUCGGGCCCGCCUGCUCCGCUUCCAGAUGGGACCAGCCCCGCCGGGUCUUGACUGCAGCUGCCAUCCAGACUGUGUUCCUCCAGGUGUCCCCCAAGCCGCGUGGCUUCCGCACGCAUUCUGCCUGAGAUUGAGCCCCGGGACCCACCACUUCCGAGAGGCUUGUGGCUUCAGGGUACGAACCGCGGUGGCUUCUGGCCUGGCUGGGGGGGGGGGGGUCUAGCCCAUGAGGAGGAGAGGGGUCUCCCGUCCCCGCCUGCCGCCAUGGGGGGUGCGGAGGUGGGGGUCUCAUUCCUGGCUUCCCCCCCCGGUCCCAUGGCUUUCUCCGUAGGUGGUAAACCAGCACGGUUUGUCGGGAACUCACAACUUGCUAACCCGAGAGCGCCCCCUUUUUGGAUUAGACCUGUCUCUGUAACUCCUGUGUCAACUGCUUGGUUGCCUAAUCAGUAAAUUUAUUGCACGGUGCAGGCAAUAUUCCUUCCUUCCUUCCUUCCUUCCUUCCUUCCUUUUUAUUUUUAAGUGUAGUCUUUUGAUACUGGGAUUGCUGUGGCUUUGCUGGCCCCACUUGGCUGGGUCGGGGCCAAACCCGAGUUCUCCGAGGGGUCCAGAAAUGUGUCCCCAGUACAGACCUAGCCGGUAGCCGUUUUUCAUGUUCCGAGUAGAUAUUAAUAUUGACGCAUAUAGAUGGGCCAUGAAGCCUCCCUCCGAGUGCGGAGGACGGAGGCGUCACGAGUCUGAUUAAGAGUCCGUGUGGCUAAACUGACUACAGAGCUGAGCACUACGCUCCAGAAGUGACUAACCGGCUGCAGGAAGGAGAAGAGACCACCAACUCAACCCCCCCCCCCGAGCAUUUUUGAGUACCUGAAUCCAAGACGGGGUCUCCCCCCCCCCCUUUCUAAGUUCUUUGCUAUUAGAAACUGGGGGGGGGGGUCGUCUUAAAUUCCGGGUCCCUUCCAGGUUAAUCCAGGUAUAUCCUGUAUUUAACGUCUCCUUUUUAUUUUUUAGAGAGAGUAGUCUUCCAUUUGGAGUCUUCCAUUUGGGUAAACGCAGCGCUCUUAACUCAUUCACUAUAGCAAGACCAAUGCCGCCUUCUUAAACUGAAAUACCAAAUACCUCCUUGCUUCUAAACCGGCUGUUUUGGGGUUGUGUCUCUUCCGUCUGUAAAGCGUCCACCUGGUGGAUCCCGGAAGGUCUUGUUUUUAAUAAACUAAUGGAAAGACUUAAAAACGCUCCUGGGUUGAUUCUCGGACAUCCGCAGGCCACCAGCGAGGGGCGCCUUCUCGCGCUUCCGUGAUGCACGACUUGAACGUUCCGGGUUCGGGUGCUCCCCCUCCCCUCCCCUCCAGCUCAUGCGACCAGAACGGCUUGUCCUUACAAGGCUGGCGUUUCAGAAGGGUCUUCCUCAUGCAAUGACGAGGAGGUCAAACGUCCCCGGGGAUGCUUGUGCCGAGCAAACGCUGGGAGGCGGGCUUCCCUUGCAGAAGACGGCGUGUGCCCGAGUCCCCCCGAACAGGCUGCCGUUCAGUCUGCCUUCAGCACGGCCACGGGCUAGUGGCGUCUCUUCCCUUCUGCCCAAACGGAGCUGCUUUGGGGCUUCUGCUCUCCUUGUGGGGUGGGAGACAGGGUCUAGCUGUGCCCGCCAUUCAGGCUGGGAUAUGACGGUGGCCUUAAGCAUGGAGCCGGUGGUUGCGGGAGCUAGGCCAGCUGGCUUGGGGACUACAGUGCCCAGCGUCCCCAACCACAGCAGCCAGUAGUCAGUGUGAUGGGAGUUGUAGUCCAACAUCGGCAGGAGUGUCAAGAGUUGUGCCGGGGCUGUAACAGGGGAGUCCCAGAUGUUGUUGACUGGAACGCCCAUAACGCCAGCCAAAGGCGGCUGCAGCUGGGGAGGAGUUGUAGUUGACAACAUCUGGGAAUCUCAGCCAGGUGGCGGGACCUACAACUGCCGUCAUCCGCUGUUGCCUGGGGAUGGUGGGAGUUGUAGUCCAACCGCUUCUCGGGGCCCCCGGUCCAGACCCUGCCUCGAAUCUGGGGAAGUCACCCCACCAGUUGCCUUCAUGAGCGUGACUGGGUUUGCGGGAGAGCGUAGUGAGACUGUGUUGACACUGCAGCUUGACUGGGAUGUAGGAACUGCGCCCUUUCUCGGGCCAGUUUUUCUGCUCCGUAUUUCCCUUUGCCUUUUCCCCAGCACACUUCAAGGUAGCAGAAAGCUCCCUGUUAAACCGCUUCACGAUGCGCCCUUCCAAUCUCCGGGGAUCCUCCUCAUUUGCGGCGGAUUAUGGCUCUUUGAACCGACUUCAGUGUUUUGUCACGGGGACAGCGUGUUAAAUAGAAAUGCCACUCUUCUAUUCUAAAACACCACCUGCCACGUUCUUCAGUAGAAGUGCCUCUGUUUUUUAGUUCGAGGACCUCCGUUUUUAUUCAGAAGUGCAGCCCAUGGGCUGAUAGCCUGGCAAACGAAGACUCCUGCCUGUAACCUUGGAGACGCUCUGACUCAGUAUACGGCCGCUUCCUCUGUCCUUAUGUCUGCGCGAGGAGAUCGCGUUGCGGUGCUAAAACCCGGGGAUCCCUUGGUUUGCGGAAUUGUGUGCUUGUACGACGUUCCCUUUGUGCACAGCUGUUGUGCAAAAUAGUUGUGCACAAUAGUGCAACGCUAGUCUGGAAGGCAAGUUAGUUUUGCAUUGCAGCAGCAGCAGGAGGUGCGUUACCAGGAUCUCCGCUGUGGCGUGGGCUAAUAAAAGUAUGCCGGCCCAUUUCAGAUAAUCGAGGAGAAUCGUAUCUGGCUGUCUUUCUCGAGGAGUUCAGUGGAGAAAUCCUUCUGGUCAGCUACUGAAUAUUAUUCAGAGGGAAGUGGAGUUAAGUGAAUUACCCCGUGAGGCAGACCCAUAAACUCUGGCUAUUGGCACCAUCUCAAGGGACGAAGGCUCAUAGGGAUUUUUGGCAACGUUUCGCCCCCCCCCCCAAGAGACAGAAAAGAGGUGCAAGCCUCAUUGCACUGACACUUCUCAGUGUGGGGUCCCACCCACCCCGAAGCGAUUGCAGGGCUGCUGAGCUCCGGCCCUCCUGCCUAUGUUGGCCUACAACUCCCAUAAUCCCUGGCUAUGGGCCACUGUGGCUGGGGAUUAUGGGAGUUGUAGUCCAGAAGCAGGUGGAGGGGGGGCAAAGUUGAGCAGCCCUGGGUGAGGGUCAAAUUGCAGCCAUGUUUGCACAGAACGAAGGCCUAGGGGUAGCCAGGAGGAAAUGGCUGUCCUCUCUCCAUGGAGUCCUCUUCGGAGGAUAUUCCUGCCCAUUCCCAUUCCACUGACCACCUCGCUGAAACGGCACCGUCGUUGUGGUGCUUCUUAAGGCUUUUCCGUACACCAUGGCAAAUGUGGCGGCUGACGGUCAGGGCAAGGAAAGCGCGCGGAGACCCUGGAAGCGGAGAGCCUUGCAGCGCGAUCGCCUCUUCCAUCUCCAGGGAGGCAGACCCUGCCCCAAAUCGCCACGAGCAUUCGUCACUCGCCAGCCACCCCAGCUGGCUCAUGGCCCGGGUCAGGGGCUGCACACCUUUGGCCCUCUUGACUACUGUAGCGGGGGAUGAUUGGAACUAGAGUCCAUCAACCCAGGAGGGCCGAAGUUCUGCAUCCCCGGUGCCACAUCUACAAACUCCCAACUCCUGGAUAGGAACAGAGGCCUGGGUCUGCAGUGGCAGUUCUCCUUUGGCGGUUCUUGGAGAGCCUGGAGGCCGGCCGUCACUUGGGCAGUGUUGGGUUUACCGGUUCAACGGCUGGAGUGAUCCUCUCAGCACCGCAGGGUGCUCGGUUUUUGCACUGCUAUGCUGCGCUCAGUUGCUCCGGACUGUUCUGUUUCCGCUGUUUCCGCUCUGACUUUCCAGCCCAGCCUUUCGUACGAAAACCGGAUGUGGUUAAAUCUUUGUUAAUUAAUUUGCUGGAUUCUUUUUUUUUUUUUUUUUACUGUUGAGUAUUUUAAUCAUCGUUAAUAACAGUUCAUUUAGGUGAAAGAUAAAAACAUGGACAAAUGUGCCAAUGUAUUAUAUAACACUACUACACACUUUCCUUGACAGCUAAUAUUUUUUUUUGUAGCGUGUAAUCAGACAUGUCCAUAAUACCUGAAGUAAAUAAACAUUGCAGAAACCA